AUGCGGGAGGAAGAACUGGAGGUGGCCCUCAAGGUGGUGAUCGUGGGCAAUGGUGGAGUGGGCAAAUCUAGCAUGAUCCAACGAUAUUGCAAAGGCACUUUCACAAAGGACUACAAGAAAACGAUAGGAGUUGAUUUCUUGGAAAGGCAAAUCGAAGUUGAUGGCGAAGAAGUUCGCUUGAUGCUGUGGGACACCGCGGGUCAGGAGGAGUUCGACGCCAUCACCAAAGCCUACUAUCGGGGAGCCCAAGCCUGUGUCCUUGCAUUUUCGACGACUGAUCGGGACUCGUUCGAAGCAGCGCAUUCAUGGAAACUUAAGGUGAAGUAUUUCGUUGAAAACGAGUGUGGCGAGAUUCCUACGGUCAUUGUACAAAACAAAAUCGACUUGAUGGACCAAAGCGUCGUCAAUCCAGAAGAAGCUGACCUUCUUGCCCGUGCCCUCGGCUGUCGCCUGCUCAGGACGUCGGUGAAAGAAGACGUCAACGUCGCUGCUGUUUUUCGACACUUAGCCGCGAGGUGCCUUGCAGAACUCAGAGAUCCGCGAGAUUAUGACUAUUUCACUACGCCCACACCUCACCACCCCAAUUCGCUCACAAUCAGUAAGUCUCCGAAAGUGGAUUUAUUUCUGACUUAUCACUUUUUCCAGGUGCCUUCAGCCCUAGUCAUUCUUCCAAAAACCACAAUGGAACUAUAG